AUGGCCGUCUUCGUGCCGUUACCACCGCCUGAAAACCAAGAUCUCGUACCAGCCCUUCGCAUACGCCUUGGUGACUAUUAUGCUGCGGUCCAGAACUCCCAAGACGUUGCUGACGGUCUAGAGGUUAGGCUGACCACCAAUGACAUUCAAGCGCACCGCAAAACGCCGUUCUAUUCACACCUGGCGCACAGCGGCGCUACUAGCGAUGCAGCGGAAAGUAUUGCGCGGCACAAUGCGGUCGUGCAGCCGCAGGACGAGAAUCUGCCGGGGAGCGAUCCGGUGACUGCUGAGCCGGAAGCGAGGAGUUUGAGAAACAAGUCAAUGAAUGCUGAGCAGCAAAGCGAUGCGCUCGCAACCUUGAACGCCCGGUUGAUAGAGUUCAACCAGCUUCAUGCGGUACCGCCAGUCUCCUCGAUGGCGCACUUAGUCGUCCCCUUUCCCCCAAUAGAGCCAUAUCCGGUUAACAUGGAACUGCUACACGCCAGUGCUGUAGAAGUAGAGCGCAGGCAAUUGCGCGGUCGGGGAGCCCGACUCACAAAAUACGAGAUGGUCCGGAAACGGCGGCCUCGAGCGGCGGCUGUGCGCGAUUGGACCGCGAGAACCAGCAGUCAAGUCAGUCAUUACACAUUUGCGCAAGGUUGCAAAGGUCAAAAAUCUCGCCCAAGUGGUGGCGGGGGGCGGAUUACUGCUGGACAAUCGGAGGAGGCAGAAAGCCCUAGAUCAGGGGUGCUUCGAGUGGAGCAACAAUGGAAGGGAGAUCAUGAGAAGGACGUAGGCACCAGCGGCCUGAAUGCCGCUUACGAUCUCAUACGGAUUGGCAGCACGAGUCGAAGAACACUGUAG